AUGGAGGAGAAUGACCCAAACCCCAGCGAAGCUGCGGCGGCGGUGGAGGGGCAGCGGCAGCCGGAAUGCAGCACGAGUGGCAGUUCUGGCAGUGGCGGCGGGGGCAGCAGCAGCCCUAGCGACUCGGACACAGGCCGCCGGCGGGCUCUGAUCUUGCCCGUGGUCCUGCAGGCGCCGGGCAACCACCAGCACCCCCACCGCAUCACCAACUUCUUCAUCGACAACAUCUUGCGGCCGGAGUUCGGCCGGAGGAAGGACGCCGGAACGUGCUGUGCAGGCGGCGGUGGAGGCCGAGGAGGCGGAGAAGAAGGAGGAGGAGGCGGCAGCGCGGGCGGCGCCGAGGGAGGUGGUGUCGCCGGCGGCGCCGAGCAGCUCCUGCUGUCUGGAGGCCGGGAACCCCGGCACAAUCCACCCUCUGCCCCCGGGGCGGGCGGACCACUGCCCGGCGGCGGAGGCGACUCUCCCGGCGACGGCGAAGGCGGAUCCAAGGCGCUCUCGCUGCACGGCGGGGCCAAGAAAAGCGGCGACCCCGGAGGCCCCCUUGACGGAGCGCUUAAGCCCCGCGGCUUGGGUGGCGGCGAUCUGUCGGUGAGCUCGGACUCGGACAGCUCGCAGGCCAGUGCCAACCUGGGCACGCAGCCCAUGCUCUGGCCAGCCUGGGUCUACUGCACGCGCUACUCGGACAGGCCUUCUUCAGGUCCCAGGUCUCGCAAACCAAAGAAGAAGAACCCGAACAAAGAAGACAAGAGGCCACGCACCGCCUUCACCGCGGAGCAGCUGCAGAGGCUCAAGGCAGAGUUCCAGACCAACAGGUACCUGACCGAGCAGCGGCGGCAGAGCCUGGCGCAGGAGCUCAGCCUCAACGAGUCGCAGAUCAAGAUCUGGUUCCAGAACAAGCGCGCCAAGAUCAAGAAGGCCACCGGCAACAAGAACACGCUGGCUGUGCACCUCAUGGCGCAGGGCUUGUACAACCACUCCACCACGGCCAAGGAGGGCAAGUCGGACAGCGAGUAG